AUGUGUUACGCAACUCAAACAUUGCACAACACAGGUUACCCAAAUCAAGGGAGGAAAUUUCCGGUUGCGUGCAAUGGAGGCAAUUCCAAAAUGACAUAUAGUUAUGACUCUGAGUUCUUGGUUGAAUCUGCAGUCAAGUCUUUGGAUAGCUUCAUCAAGAAGAAUGGUAUCUCAACAACACAAAAUAAAAUGGACAGAAAUUACGAGGGGAGGAAAGGGAAGGGAUUUGGCUCUGGACACUCAUCCAUCCAACCAGAUUUGGUUUAA